AUGGAAAAUUAUUAGAAUGAUUUCAAAAAAAUGAUAUAUGAAUAUCUAUUUUUGAACAUACUCUAUAAAUAAAUGGAAGUUAAACCUCAAAAUAAUACAAUAAAAGAGAAAAUUCUUUAGGACUUAGGUGAAAAUCCAACAGAGAUUGAUAUAAGAUAUAUAGGCUAUGUAACUAAUAUACCAACAUCUUAAAUUAAAUUGUGGAUAGAGGAAUCUAAGAAGAGUGAUUGUAAAAUUGAUAUUGGUUCCAAAGAAUGUCUUAUUGUUGGAAGUAGAAAACCAAAAGGUAUUAAGAGUGUUAAGAUUAAAAUUGAAAAUCCAUAAAAUGAUAUUAAUUAAACUCAAAACUAACAAGAAGAGUAGAAAUAAAUAAAUGAAUAAUAGAUUUAAGAUAAUAACAAUAAAUAGACCUAAAAGGAAUCUAAAAUUAAUUAAAAAAAUCAAUAAAUCAUUAAAAAACAAAAGCUAAAUUAAUAAGUCUUAGAAUAAGUUCUUAAAGAACCAAAAAAAAUAGCUCCAAUAAUUUAAUAAGACUAAAAUUAGAUUAAUAAAUAAAGAUAUAAUGAAUCUUUAUCAACUGAUAUAAAUCAAGAACAAAAGGAAUUAAAUUAAAAUAAUCUAUAAGAAGAAGGAUAAAAAAAACUAAUUAAAACUAAUGAUGAUUAAUAAGGAUAAAAUAAGAAAUUGUUAAAACCUAAAUUUUUAAUUUAAACAAUAAUUAAAUAAAAUAAUUAAAAAACAAAUGAUAUACAAUUAUAAGUUCCUUUGGUAGAAUAAUCUAAUAAUAUAGAAACCAAUAAUUAAAGUACUCUUUAAUAAAACAAUUAAAUUCCUAUUUUAAAUAUCAAUAAUUUAUAAAAUGAAAAAGAUAAAGAAUAAGAUAACAAGAAUAAUAAAUUUAUACGGUAGAAAAUAAGAUAAGAUGAUUAAUAAUAGAAUAAGGAUAUUUCUAAAAAUUAAUUGGAUGAUAGUAAUGAAAUAGCAAAAGAUUUAGAACAAAAAAUAGCUUAUUUUCUUGAAUUGGAUGAUAUUAGAAAUAAUAAUAAUAAUAAUAAUAGUAAUAUCAAAAAAGAUUAAAAGUUAAAUCAAUCAUCUUAGAUUGAAAAUAAUAAAAAAAAACAUGAAAUCUAAUUAUAACACAAUAAUCAAUUAGAAUAAGAUUUUUAACCUAUAUCAAUAAGUAGUAGUCCUAGUCCAAAAGGUCAUUAAUAAUAAUAAUGUUAAAAUUAACCUUAAGAAAAUAAUAUUUAACAAUUUAUAUGUUAACCUACCUUUUCAGAUAAUAAAUUAAAUAAUUCUAAAGUAUAAAAUAAAGUUUCAUAGUAAUAAUAAAAUUAAACUUAAAAUUCUUUAAGAUAAUAAAAUAUAUAAUUAAAUAAAUAAAAUGAAUUUGAAUGUUAAUCGUCUUAAUAUAAAUAUUUAAAUCAAGAUUCCAGACUUACAGGAUAAUAAUAGCAAUAUAAUUAAUAAGAUUAACCAUAUUGUAUAUAAUUACCUAUUCUAACUUAAGCAUAUCAACCAAAUUAAUAAUAAUACUAACAAGCACCAAUUAUUAAUCCAAUUUCAUCUGUAUAUAAUUAAUCAUUAUUUUAAAUGCCUAUCUAAACUUAAGAAUAAAACUAUUGUUAAUAAUAUGCUUAUACUGAUGCAAAUGGUUUACAAAAACUAUAAUAACGUUUGGAUAUUAUAUUGUUGUAAUAAAAUACCCAUUAAUUGACAUUAUUAUCAAAGCUUGAUUAGAUCAUAAAUUUAAUUUAGAAACAAUAAAACAAAAAAUGA